AUGAGUGACCGUGGACGUAAUGAAUCUGAUUCAAAGUCGAAGGGAAACAGUGGAAGGUCUGGAAGUGGUAGUAAUUCAAGUCCACGUGUUAUAAAAGAGGAACGUGAUCGUGGAGAAAGAAAUGAACGUGAACGUACUGGGAGAACAUCAUCCAAUGAAAGGCAUCAUCACCAUCGUUCAAGUGACCACCAGUAUAAUAAUUCAAAUAAUAUGGGUGGGCCACCAGGUAGUCAAGGAAAUCGUGGGAUGGGUAUGGUACCUGGCGGUGGGAGCGGUGGUGGUCGAGGACCUAUGAAUUUAAUGUCGUCACUCAAUGUUCUCUCUGGACAAGCAUUCAGUGAAACAGAUCUAAUGAGUGAUUUGCCUAAGAAGAAAUUCACAGGACGAUGUCGAUUAUUUGUUGGAAAUCUGCCGAAUGAUUUAAAAGAACAAGAACUUAAAGAGCUUUUUGCACCACAUGGAGAUAUUGCAGAGUGUUAUUUAAGUGGCAAAGGAUUUGCUUUUCUACGAUUGGAUACACGUGCUCAUGCGGAGAGUGCCAAAGAAGCUAUUGAUGGAAGAAUAAUACAUGGAAGACCAGUUCGUGUGCGAUUUGCAGUGCACGGUGCAGCUUUACGAGUAAAAGAACUGUCGUCUACUGUAUCGAAUGAGAUGCUUUAUCAUGCAUUUUCGGCAUUUGGAGAAGUAGAGCGAGCAGUUCAUAUUGUUGAUGAAAAGGGCAAGCCAACUGGAGAAGGAAUUGUGGAAUUCGAACGUAAACCAUCGGCAAACGAAGCUCUCCAUCAAAUUCGAGAAAAAGUGUUUUUAUUAACCGCAAGUCCGAAACCAUUAGUUGUGGAGAUGUUGGAGCCACGUGACGAAGAUGAUGGUCUUGCUGAACGCAUGAUACAGCGCAGUGCGAUGCUCCAAAAAGCAGCUUAUUGUGAUUUAGACUGUCGUAUCGUCGUUCGAUAUACUUCAAACGAAAAAAGUUAA